UCUUCCACUCCCCUUUGUUUCUUCUCUCUCUUCAAAAACACUGUAUAUUUCUAGGUCAUCUCUUUCAUUUUCCUCCAUUCUCUCUAGAUAUCUUCACAAUGAAGAAUUGCAUAUCACCGAACCCUAAUAGUAAACUAAGAUCUAAAACAAAAUCAUCGAAAGAAAACGUUCCACCAUUAUCAUCUCCCUCUGUAGCCACAGCUAAAAUACUUUCUUCUGUUGCUAAAAUGAAAACACCUCUUCCUGUUCCUCCUAGACCACUUUCUUCUAAAUCUUCUAAUCCUUUAAAAAGAAAAGUGAUAAUGGAAUGUGUUCAUGAAAACAGUGUUCCUGAAUCGCCUUCUGUAACUACUACUAAAACAAUUUCAUCUGUUGGUAAAAGGAAAUGCCCUCUUCCUCCUGUACCUCCUCCCUCUUCUAAUUUUUCUUGCAACUCAAAAGGAAAAGUGAUAAUGGAAUCUGUUCCUCGGUUUUCCGAUUCUGGUGUUCAGGUAAUAGUUCGAAUUCGUCCUCCAAAUGUGGAUGCGGAUGAUGAGAUUGUAGUAGAAAAGGUGUCGGAAGAAUCUUUAUCUGUCCUUGAUCAGACCUUCACCUUUGAUUACGUUGCAGAUACAAGUUCAUCGCAGAAAGAUGUAUACCAGCUAAUAGGUGCUCCUUUUGUGGAGAAUUGCUUGGAGGGGUUUAACAGUUCCAUAUUCACAUAUGGGCAGACUGCUAGUGGAAAAACCUAUACAAUGUGGGGACAUUCCAACGCAUUGUUGGAAUACAAUCCAUCUGGUGCUCAACAUGGUUUAGCUCCUCGUGUAUUUGAGCAGCUUUUCUCACGCAUGAGUGAGGAGGAGGCGAAGCAAGCUGAUAAGCAACUUAAGUAUCGAUGUCGCUGUUCUUUUCUUGAGAUUUACAAUGAACAGAUAACAGAUCUGUUGGAUCCAAGUCAAAGGAACCUCAUGAUUAGAGAAGAUGUAAAAGCUGGUGUCUAUGUUGAGAAUCUUACUGAGCAUGGUGUAUGUACCAUGAAUGAUGUGAGGCUGCUUUUGAUUAAGGGACUGGCAAACAGGAGGACUGGCGCUACAAACAUGAAUGCAGAAAGUUCUCGUUCUCAUUGUUUGUUCACUUGUACUGUGGAGUCACGAUACAAGGGUAUAUCAGAAGGCUUGAGUAGUUGCAAGACAAGUAGAAUAAAUCUGGUUGAUCUCGCUGGAUCAGAAAAGCAAAAGCUUACAGGUGCUGCUGGAGAACGUUUGAAGGAAUCAGGCAAUAUUAACAGAUCCCUUUCUCAGCUUGGGAACGUGAUAAAUAUUCUUGCUGAUGUUUCACAAACUGGGAAGCAAAGACAUAUCCCAUACAGGGACUCCAGGCUGACUUUCUUGCUGCAGGAAUCCUUGGGUGGUAACGCAAGACUAGCAAUGAUAUGUGCUAUUUCCCCCGUACAAAGCUGUAAGACCGAAACAGUCAGUACCCUGAGGUUUGCCCAGCGUGCAAAAGCAAUUAAAAAUAAGGCAACUGUUAAUGAAGUAACACAAGGUGAUGUGAAGGUCUUGCAGGAAAUGAUUCACCAGCUAAAGGAUGAACUUCUUCGUGCGAAAGCAAAUCCAGCAGCAGCAGGCACUAACGGAGGAUACACAACAAGUUCGAAAGCACGCAGAAGCUUGAGCAUCUUGAAAAUGAGCCUCAAUUAUCCUUUGACAUUACCUCAUGUCGAUGAUGACGGUGAUGUGGAGAUGGAAAUUGACGGAGAGUCAGUUGAAAAGCUCUGCACUGAGGUAGAAAAUCACAUCAACGAAAGAGAGGCCUCUGAAAGCUCUCAAGGAAAAGCUUUCUCCUCCAGUGAUCCCAUAACUGCCCGUGUUAAUAAGCUCAUGGAAGAAGCUGAUGUUAAUAUGGAAGUUUGUUCAAAGGCAGUAGAAAAGGUCUUAGCUGGAGCGAUUAGGAGAGAAAUGGCUCUUGAAGAGUUCUGCGCCAAGCAAACUGCAGAAAUCUCAAAAUUGGAUCUUCUUGUUCAACAGUAUAAGGGUGAGAGAGAUGUAUUGGUGGCAGAGGUUCAGCAUGUGAGAAACCAACUCGGCUAUUACGUCGAGUCUUCUUCGUCCCCUUUACCAUCUUGAAAAAGAAGUCCGAUGCUACAAAUGACAGAUCCUUGUGAGCUGACCGCGACACCCUUAUGCGUAGUUCCUGAGACAAUUGAGUGAGGUCCGUGACUUAAACUGUUGAAUUUUGGAUGCCAUUUCGGUGCAUGUACAGCUUGAAGCUCCUACCGAGUUAAAUAACUUCGGAAUAUUUGGAACUAAAUUGUAUAAAUGUCAGAAAAAAAUUUGAAUUCCUGAGCUUGGAUUAUUAUUACCAGGCUUUAGAGUGAACCUGGGAAUGCGAUCUAAAAGCGUGUUAGGAAUACUAGAACUAGGAAGGCAGCUUCUGGUUAUGCCAAUCCAGGGCAGCUGCAACAGUACAUGCCAUAGAGACUGUUGAGGAAGUACAAUCUUGACUGACAUGAUUUACCAAGUCACUGUGCAAUUUUAAUUGUUGUGAAGGAUGGAGCCAUUGUUCGACUCAAAUACUCCUUCUCCUCUGUUUUAAAGCAAGUUAGCUUACACUGAAACAAGGUACAAAGUUGAGGAAAA